AUGAACCUCAACUUCACCUCGCCCGUGCACCCCGUCUCCGCGCCCAGGCCCACCUCCUUCUUCAUCGAGGAUAUUCUGCUGCACAAGCCCAAACCCUUGCGGGAGGUGCCCCCCGAGCACUUCCCCGGCUCCUUGACCUCCCGCGUCCCCCUCUUGGACUAUGGGUACCCCCUGAUGCCAACCCCGACCCUCCUGGCGCCUCACCCGCACCCCGCCCUGCACAAGCCGGAGCAUCACCACCACCCCUACUUCCUCACCACCUCGGGAGUGCCGGUGCCAGCCCUCUUCCAGCACCACGCUCACGCCGAGCUGCCGGGGAAGCACUGCCGCCGCCGCAAGGCCCGCACCGUGUUCUCCGACUCGCAGCUCUCCGGCCUGGAGAAGAGGUUCGAGAUCCAGCGCUACCUCUCCACGCCCGAGCGGGUGGAGCUGGCCACGGCCCUCAGCCUCUCCGAGACCCAGGUGAAAACCUGGUUCCAGAACCGGCGGAUGAAGCACAAAAAGCAGCUGCGGAAAAGCCAGGACGACCCCAAGCACCCGGGGGGUGAGGAGAGCCGGGAGCAGAGCUCCCCCGAGCCCGAGCUGCCUGAGGCGGCCGCCGCCGAGCCCCGCAAGGGCCCCCCCGGCCCCUUCCUCCUCCAGGACCCCGAGGACGAGGUGGACAUCCUGGAGGAGGGGGACCUCUGCGCCGGCUCCCACCGUCUCUAG